CGCGCUAAAAGAAUUCUUUACAGAAUUAUUACUCAAUACAUCCACAACAGAAUCAUUAGCAAGUUGUUUUCCUGAAGAAAUUGUAGGCCUUUUAGAAGCGACUAUGUUAAGAAGAGAUGAGCAAAAUUUCACAAUCAUAAAAACACAAAAUCUGCUCUUACAUACCCAAUAUAGCAUUAUUCUUAGUAAAUUACUCACUAUACAUCCAGAUGUUUUGAGGUUUUCUUUACAAUAUUUUAGUGUAAAUCCAUCACCAUUUCAUUAUAAGAGUCAGGAAAAUUAUUGUUUACCAAAGAAAAGACAAAAACCUAAUAAAUGUUCAAAUAUAACAGAUUUAGAUGUUGUACAAUGCUGUUUAACAUUCCUUAUACAUGAUAGAGACCACUUCUCUAGAAUAUGGAAAUGGUCACAUUUUAUAGAAUUAUUUGGUAACUCAUCUGAUGAGAAAGUGAAAUGGUUUUGCUACAAGUGCAUAUCUAUAAUAACUCAUUUAAGUGAAUCAAAUUUUAGAAAAAUAUGCAUUCAAAAUAAUAUGGAAAUUGAUUGCAUGUCUAUAAGAAAUGAAAUAAAUAAACACACAAAUAUUUUUAAAUCUAAAACUCAUUUCUUUUAUGGAGAUUCUGAGCGAGAAAUUGGGUCUCAGUUAAACAAAGAAAUUGUACCGCAAAUAUCAGAUAUAGCCUUGCCAAAAGGAUCUGAAAAGCAAAUAAACUAUAAUAACAGAGAGCUUAUAUUAGUUAAAUCAACAAAUAGAAAUUUAAGAAGCAUUGCUUUGGGAAUAUCUACAGGUCGUGUUGUUUGUUUAACAGGUUGUGUUGGUUCAGGUAAAACGUCCAUAAUAGAAUAUCUAGCAUAUAUUACUGGAUCAAAAUUAUUUAAAGUGCAAUUGGGAGAUCAAACCGAUAGCAAAAUGCUACUUGGUUCAUAUAGAUGUUCCGAUAUUCCUUCCGAGUUCAUUUGGUCUCCUGGUGUUCUUACACAGGCUGUCAUGAAUGGUCAUUGGCUUUUAUUUGAAGAUAUAGAUGCAGCAUCUUCUGAUGUUCUUUCGGUUUUAUCAGGAUUGAUAGAAUCAAAUAAAUUAAUAGUACCAGGCUACAGAGAGGAAAUUCAUGUUGCUACUGGAUUUCAGUUAUUUUUAACACAAAGGCUUGUCACCACAUCUACUGGUCACCACAAACGCAAGCUUAACCUGAGUCAUUUAAUAGAUAAAAAUAUAAUUCAUGUAUACAUAGAAACUCUAACACAAUUAGAACUUGUAGAAAUUGUUAAGGCAUUAUUUCCAAGUUUGGCAACUAUAGCUGAAAGAAUGGUUAAUGUAUACUUGAUAUUUAGUUCAGGAAAUCAUCAAUUUGAAAGCAAUACUAGUUUUUCAGAGAAAUGUGAAAAACUGAAGCAUGUGCAUACUUCUGGGCGGCUGAUAUCUACCAGAGAUUUUAUGAAGUGGUGUGAUCGAUGCACAAAGGAUUUUGAUGUAUCUAGUCAAAAAUCUGCCCUAAAAAUAUUUCAAGAUGCUAUUGAUAUAUUUUGUUGCUCCUUUGCGCAAAAAGAAAUCAGAUAUAAACUUGCUUUGGAAAUUGCUAGUGAAUUAGGUAUCGUUGGAACUUACGGUGAUUUUUACAUAAACUCCUAUAAGCCUAAUAUAGAAAUUGGAAGCACUUCUAUCACUAUUGGUGAUGUGACUCUAUCAAGAAGAGAAGCUGAAUUGAGCUUAGCAUUUAAAAAUGAAAUGGUUUACACUUUCACAAAACCCUCUUCCUGCUUAUUGGAAAGAGUCGCCAAAUGCAUUUCUAUGUCGGAGCCAGUUCUUUUAGUUGGUGAAACUGGAACAGGCAAAACAUCUUCUGUGCAAUUUCUUGCAGAGAAGUUAGGUUUCAAACUAAUUGUAAUCAAUAUGAAUCAGCAAUCAGAUAAUUCUGAUCUCUUAGGAGGAUAUAAACCAGUAGAUAUGAAAUUCAUAGUAACACCCAUUAGACGAGAAUUUGAAGAUGUAUUCAGGAAUUUUUAUAAACAAGAAAAAAAUGAAAAAUUUUUGGGAUAUAUCAGCAUGAUGUACAAUCAGUGCGAUUGGAAAAGCCUUGUCAAAAUGAUGAAACAAUGUCAAUAUACUGCUCUUAAAAUAUUAUCCUCAAAAGAUAAAAUUGGUACAUAUCAAUACAAUCAGUGGCAAAAUAUUGGAACGAAGAUAACAAAGCUUGAAACAUUAUUGAAAUCUAAAUCGUUAUUGGCGUUUUCAUUCAUCGAAGGUUCACUAGUGAAUGCUGUUAAAAACGGUUAUUGGGUUCUACUUGAUGAAAUAAAUUUAGCUUCUGCAGAGACCUUGGAAUGCCUUUCUGGCUUGCUUGAAGGGACAAAAGGUUCAAUCAGUUUAUUAGAACGUGGGGAUCAUGAACCAAUAAAAAGACAUGAAAAUUUCACUUUAUUUGCUUGUAUGAAUCCAGCUACUGAUGUUGGCAAGAAAGAUCUUCCAAUCGGUCUAAGAAAUAGAUUUACUGAGUACUAUGUUGAAGAGCUGACUGAACAUAAUGAUUUAUUAAUUCUGGUUGAACACUACUUGAAAUCUUUGAGCCCUUCACUAACGCUUAUUCAGAAUGUUGUGAAGUUUUACCUCAAUGCAAGGAAAGAAGCAGCUUCAAAGUUGUUUGAUGGAACAGGUCAACAACCAUAUUUUACAUUGAGAACUCUUUGUCGAGCUUUAAUUAUGGCAGCACGUUGUGGAUGUGGUUCUCUGCAACGUACAAUGUUUGAAGCUUUGUGUGUCAGUUUCCUUACUCAAUUAGACACAAAAAGUCAUGCUCGAGUUAGUGAAAUGAUUGUUCAAGCUGUACUAGGCAAAGAUGCAAAAAGUAUUCUAUCUCAACCUUUGCCAGAAGCAGAUGUACCUUGUUUUGAGGGCUAUUGGGUGCCAAGAGGUGAAUUGGAACCUUUCUCUUCUGAAAAAUAUAUUUUAACGGAAAGUGUUCAUAAGAAUCUUCGUGAUCUUGCCAGAAUUGUUUCCAUUGGAAGACUUCCAGUUCUAUUACAAGGUGACACAUCAGUGGGUAAAACAAGUUUGAUAACUUACUUAGCAAAGGCAUCUGGUAAUAAGUGUGUAAGAAUAAACAACCAUGAACAUACAGACCUUCAGGAAUAUAUUGGGAGUUAUGUGGCAAAUGAAAGGGGUAUGCUUAUUUUUUGUGAAGGUGCCCUGGUUCAAGCAAUGAGAUUUGGUCACUGGAUUAUAUUAGAUGAGUUGAAUUUAGCUCCUAGUGAUGUUUUAGAAGCCCUUAAUAGAGUUCUGGAUGAUAAUAGAGAGUUGUUUAUACCUGAAACGCAAACUGUUGUUAAAGCUCAUCCCAAUUUUAUGAUAUUUGCUACACAGAAUCCUCCUGGGAUUUAUGGUGGUCGAAAAGUUUUGUCAAGAGCUUUUAGAAAUCGUUUUAUUGAGCUGCAUUUCAAUGAAAUACCCUCAAAUGAAUUACAAACAAUCCUUAGUCAGAGAUGUCAUAUUCCCCCUACAUAUAGUAAAAAAAUGGUGGCUGUAAUGACCGAACUCCAGUUAAAAAGAAGGGGUUCAGCGGCAUGUUCUGGAAAGCAUGGUUUUAUGACUCUUCGAGAUUUAUUUCGCUGGGGAGAACGUUAUAGGCUUGCUACCAAUAUAGAAAAUGAGAAUAACUAUGAUUGGGAGCAACAUUUAGCAGAUGAGGGAUAUCUUGUAUUAGCAAGUCGAGUAAGAGAACACAAUGAAAAAUUAGUUAUUCAAGAGGCUAUAAAGAAGCAUAUGAAAAGAUUACCUGAAGAAGAUCGUUUGUUUACAUUGACCACAAAUACAUCUCUUGUUACCAAACACAUUCUAAUAGAGUUACAAAAUUUAGUUUCCGAACAGUUUCCUCACAUUGUUUGGACUAAAAAUUUAAGAAGGUUAAUGGUUUUGUUGAGAAAAACUUUUCAAUAUAAAGAACCUGCUUUGUUAGUAGGAGAUACAGGUUGUGGUAAAACAACUGUUUGCCAAUUAUUGGCAAGCCAUUUGCAACAAGAAAUGAAAAUAGUCAAUUGUCAUAUGCAUUCAGAAGCUUCAGAUUUCUUAGGUGGAUUACGUCCUGUUCGAAACAAAAACAUAUUUUUGCAGGAUAAUGAUGGAUUAUUUGAGUGGGUUGAUGGACCACUGAUACAUGCAAUGAAUAAUGGUGAAUUCUUUCUAGCAGAUGAAAUAUCUUUAGCCGAUGAUAGUGUUUUGGAAAGACUGAAUUCUUUAUUAGAACCUGAGCGCAAGUUGCUUGUGGCUGAAAAAAAUGUUAUAGAUGGAGAAAGCUGUGAAAUUAUAGCAGAUGAAAAGUUUCAUUUUUGUGCUACAAUGAAUCCCUCUGGUGAUUAUGGUAAAAAGGAAUUAUCACCUGCCUUGCGAAAUCGUUUUACUGAAAUAUGGUGUGAUAGUGAAAACUCAAGAGAGGAUAUGCUAAACAUUAUUAAUCACAACCUCAACAUUAAUGAAGCUAAGAAAACAUUUGAAAUUGGCAAAUGCAUUCUGGACUUUGUUGAUUGGUUUAAAAUACAAUCAAGUGGUAUACGACUGCAAAUCAGCAUAAGGGAUAUUUUAACAUGGCUCAAUUUUAUAAAUAAUUGUACUGUGCGAGGAUUAACACUUGUAGAAUGUUUUGUUCAAGGUGCAUUUCUAAUAUUUUUAGAAAGGCUAGGAAAUGAGGGAAGUAUUGGAUCAAACUUACAAAAGGAAUCGGUAGUGUACAUCACAGAAAUUUUACAAAAUUAUAUUCAAGAAAAAUCACUUAAUAACUCUGUGAUGCAGAUGACCAAAUCAUUGAGCAUUGAAUUUACAGAUAAACAUUUUGGAAUAAAUCCAUUUUAUUGCGAACUUGGACCUUGUAUUAAUGAUUAUUCUAAAAUCAACAGUAACAAUGAUUUUGUAUUUACAUCUCCUACAAUAGGUAUGAAUACUUUUCGAUUACUGAGAGGUAUGCAGUUAAGUAAACCUAUAUUGCUUGAAGGAAGUCCAGGUGUAGGAAAAACAAGUAUUGUAAGUGCAUUGAGCAAAGUAAGUGGAAACAAGCUAGUUCGUAUCAAUCUCAGUGAACACACAGACAUUAGUGACCUUUUUGGAGCUGAUUUGCCUGUUGAGGGUGAAAAAUCAGGAUCAUUCGCAUGGAGAGAUGGACCAUUUUUGCAGGCUCUUCGAAAUGGUUAUUGGGUUCUCUUAGAUGAAUUGAAUCUUGCACCACAGCCUGUUCUUGAAGGGUUGAAUGCUUGUUUUGACCAUAGAGGUCAGAUUUUCAUACCAGAGCUCAAUAGAACAUUUAAUGUGAAGCCCAACACUCGUUUCUUUGCCUGCCAGAACCCUCUGAGUCAAGGUGGUUCAAGACGAGGUUUACCGCAGAGUUUUCUAAAUAGAUUUACUCAAGUGCACUUUGCACAGAUGCAUGCAUCAGAUUUGGAAUUUAUUGCUUCUAGUCAAUAUUCGCAAAUACCAAAAUAUUUGAUUUCAAAAAUGGUGAAAUUUGUUACUGAAUUGGCAACAAAUGUUACAGAUUUGAGAAAAUUUGGACAUAAAGGUUCACCAUGGGAAUUCAACUUAAGAGAUGUACAACGAUGGUGCGAAUGUCUCAUACAUUACAAGCAAACUUAUAAUCAGGAAAUCAAUCCCAACAGAUUUGUGGAUUUAAUUUUUAUUGAUAGAAUGAGAACGCAACAAGACAGAAUAUUAAUAAAGCAAUUAUAUGACAACAUUUUUGCUGAUGAUUCUGACUACUUUGACUACAAUAAAAGUGAUAUAAAUCUGUUGAUAACCUGCAAAAAUGUUUACAUUGGUGAUUGUGUUCUAGAAAGAUCUGAUAAAGCUACUAAUUUAAAUUCUGACAAUUUAUUAGUGCUUCGAAAUCAGUUGCCUUUGUUGAGAAAUUUGGGGCAUUGUAUCAACAUGAAUUGGAUGACUAUUUUAGUUGGAGAUUCUUGCACUGGUAAAUCAAGUGUAAUUUCUUUAUUGGCAAAAUUGUGCAACAGAGAUUUGAAAGUUAUAUCAGUUAAUAGUGCAAUGGAUACAACAGAAAUAUUAGGAGGUUUUGAACAGGCUAAUUUUACAAGACAUUUUCAAGACCUCAUGACUAAGGCACAUAAUUUACUACUUGAUGUUAUUCAUCAAAUGAUAGAUAAUACAUCUUGGCUUAGUAUCACUCAAAAGUUGCUAUCAAUGUGGGAAAAUCUUCUUAAUACCAUAGAUAAGCCAAUGCAAAAAAGAGUCACAUCAAUUACAGAUGAUAUUGACGUAUUUUGUUCUGGUAUCAAUAUUUUAUUCAACAUUCUUGCUGCUCUAAAGGAUUUGAAGUUUUCGGAGUAUGAUAAUAUAAUAACACAAUUAAAUAGUAAACUAAUUGAACUCAAAAAAGAUCUUGAGAAAGAUAAUUCAUCAACAGUGGGAGGAAAAUUUGAAUGGGUAGAUUCUAUGUUAGUAAAAUGUUUAAAUGAAGGCAGCUGGCUAGUACUAGAUAAUGUAAAUUUAUGCUCAUCUGCUGUACUUGAUCGCCUAAAUGGUCUUUUAGAGCCAAGUGGAGAAUUAAUAUUAUCUGAACGAGGUGUUGAUUCCAAAGGAGAACUUGUCAUAGUUAAACCACAUCCUUUAUUUAGAUUAUUUUUGGUAAUGGAUCCACGUCAUGGUGAAAUUUCUCGAGCUAUGCGUAACCGUGGAAUAGAGCUUUGUAUUUUAGAUAAAUUAGAUUUAAAACCAGGAUCUCAGGAUAUUCUUGAUGUAAAAUCGUUAAUGACUAACAUAGGUGUUUGCAAUCACAGUAUUCAAGACACUCUUAUAAAAAUACAUAACGCAGUCUGUAAUAUGUUGCCUGAGUAUGAACAACCUAAUAGUCAUUAUUUGUUAGAUGCUAGUUUUCUUACUGCCCAGCAAAUCAAAAGAGGCACACCGCUGAAUAUUGCAUUAAUGACUUCAUGUUGUGAUCUAUAUAUAAAAUCAAAAUCUAAUUAUCUUAAUUCAUUGAUUUUGAACAAUUUGUCAAACAGUAUUCAAGAUAUAAUUGAAAACUAUUCAUCAGCUAGUUACAAAUUUGAUAAUACUUUGGACAUAAACAACUUUACCCUAAGCUCACAAAGAUUAAGUGAAAAUUGUGUCUUGUCAUUAGUUUUGCAGCAAUCUGAAUUAUUUUUUAGUCUUCUGCGAUGCAGCAUGGAUAAUUUUAAUAAGACAGAACUAAUAAAUUUUUUGUAUCGAAUUUUUCCCGCAAGCUGUGAUUUAAAUAAUAUUGAUAUGAAUAUUAUUAUGUAUUUCUUAUUGAUAGAGAUCUAUCAGAUGUCAAGUUUAGAUGAUGUGAAUAGUAGAUUCUUUUAUAUGGAGACAAAUUUGAAGAAGUAUUCAAAUAUUAAUGCAGAUAGUACAACAUUUUACAGAAGUAUUAACAGAGCAUUUUGUGAUAUCAUUAAAGAGUCUAAUAUCUUGAAUCAAGCUGAUAUGGUUUUGCCUUGGGAUGGAAGAAACGGUAUAAAUUUCUCAUGUACAAAAUUAAAUGUUAGCAGUUCUAACAAGAUUCUUUUACAUCUAUAUUACACUGUGCUUACAAAUAUUGAACACUCAAAACAAAACACAUUAACUAAAAGUGGGAUGACUAAUUUAAAGUCAAAAACCAUUACUGUAUAUGAAUAUUCAAAUGCAGUUUUACACAAUCAGCUCACAGAUACAAUAAAUUUGCCAUUAGUUAAAUUUUAUGUAGUUCUUCUUAAAUACUUUGAUAGUUUUGUCAAUACACUACUUUCUGAUGUCAAUUUUAAUCUGAGCACUCAAAAAAUGAUAGAUUUAUACUGUGCAGUUCAAUGGAGAUUCAGAUUUCAAAGAAUUGGUAGUUCAGUUAUAAUUAAUAAACUAAAUAAAUCUGUGAGUUUUAUAGAAAGUGUAAUAAUAGAACUUACUGUGCAUUAUCAAUGGUUUCUUAAAUGGUGUCUUAAACCAUUUGAAACAAUUAAAUAUGUUAAUAAAAGUGAAAGCUACACACAUUUAGAACAAUUGAGAGUGGUCCUGUCAUUAGUUAAUAGCUCAGUUAAUAAAGAUUGCACUCCAUUACAGAGCUUACGAAAACAAUUUAAUAAAUUGUAUAAAAUGUUGCCAUAUUCAUCAUUUAUUGAAGCUGAUUUAUUAAUUAAAUUAGAUGAACUAAAUAAGAAGCUUAGCCUCUGGUGGCACAUGGAUCAAUCACAUAUCACUACUAUGAAUUCAAGAAUAAAAGUACUAUGCCAAGAAGAUGGUUUCAAAAUGCACGAUUUAUUAGUAGAAGCUUAUUUUGAAGUAAAAAAUAAAAAUUAUGAAUUAGUUUCUAAUAUAGUGCAUAAAAUUGAAAAGUUCUGUAUUGAUACCAUAAAAGUUGAAGACCAAUUGUUACCUAAGCAUCAUUUCAAAAAACAGCUGUGGACACUGCAAGAGUUUUAUAUAUUUUAUGCAAUUAAUUAUAUGCUAUCCUAUUUCCUAGAAAAAUCGAAGUCAAUAUUUGAACAGACAAAUCCCAUUAAUGAAAAUUUAGUUAUGAAAUCUUGUUUCAAUUAUAUAAUUGAUAUGCUAUCCACGAAAAAACAAAUUCCUCCAAAAUUUAUACAUCAUUUGAAAAAUGUGAAUGACACUGGUACCUCAUCAAAUUUGAUCAAUGCAAUUAAUUCGAUAAAUGAAUAUGAGAUGAACUUUUUGAUGACUGUUUCUUCUAUUUAUGUUGAAAAUCCAGGAGAAGAUAUGAUAAACAUGGCAAAGCAUUCUCCAUUAUUAAUAGCUAUAGUAAAUGAUAUUAUAUAUCCAAAAAAUAAACAACUUGAUAGCUUAGACACAGUUCUUGAAAGAAAACAGCAUUUGACUACUAUUAAUAAAUUAUUAUAUAAUAAUAUGGUCUUGGUCAAUUAUGUCAAUGUUUUGGAAGAGAAUGCUCAAUAUAUUAUUAAUAGCUAUAAAUUAUUAAUUUUAGAAUUAGCAACAUGUCUUAAAUUAUCAUCAGUACCAUUUAAAAUUGCUGAAGUAGUCAAUUUGUGCAAUAGAAAAUUGGAUUUAUUAUUUGUUGGCCACAAUGAUGUCAUUUUGAAACAGAAAAAUAAUUUUAAACAGGCAAUAAAUAAAUCUCUGAUUGUGAUGAAAUCUUUGGAAGAGUUAGUCAAGAUUAAACUUAAAAAUUAUGAGUGGAAAAUUGAAAUGAUAUAUCAAGUUGGUUUGCUAAAUAUAUUCAUUGGACUAUUGAAGAUCACUUUAUUCUGCAGUUUAGGUCCAAUGGACUCAAUACAAAAACAUGGACUCAAACUACAAUAUAUUAAAGAAGAAUUAUUAUCUGCAGAAAAUUUUAUACUAUCUGGAAAACUAAAUGAAUAUAUUAAAAACGGAAGUUUGGAUGUUAAACAUGAUUAUCACAAAAAGCUCUAUGAGUUAUGGAAUAAUUUAAAAUUACGGGAACAAAAACUAUCAGAAUUUCAAGCUGUUCGCCCCGUUCUAAAUUAUUCAUCUCUGAGUAAAGAUUGUGAACAUUUUAUAAAAACUAUAACAUCAUCUGAAUUUGUGUUUGAUCUUCUAAGAAAAAUUGAAAAAUAUAAAAUUUUGCUAUAUGAUGGAUGCUUUGUAAACAAAAAUGAUACUUCAGAGAAAGGUCUAGAUAUAGCAAAGCAAUUAUUGAGUGAAAUCUCAUCUUGGAAAUAUUCUCAAAUUCGUUUUAAAAAUCAUAUCAACACAAAUUUUAUGUCGUAUCCAGAUUUAAUAAAACCAAUAUCAUAUGCAGUAUCACACUUAGUAACAGGUGUUCAGGGCCUAGAGGAAACAUUGAUGAAACUCAUUUUUGAAAUGAAGAGCACUAUAAGAGAUAAAGAUGAAAUAUUAACAAAUAUUAUCAAAUUUCCGUUUGGAAAUAUUGGAAAUAAAAAUUACUGCAUUGCCUCAAACUCCUUAAGCCCCAAGUUUAUGGAAUAUAUAAAUAUUAUACUUAAAAAUCUCGUAUGCCAAUGGCAAAAACAAGAACAAGAGAAAGAACAGAAGAAAAUUGAAGAAGAUAAUUUGUAUGUCACAAAAGUUAAAUGCCAAGAGGAGGAUGAGGAACAACGAACUUGCAAAGAAAUUCAAGAAUUCUUUCCUAGUUUCUUAAGCUUAGAUUUUUAUGAUUUUAAAUCAGAUAAUCUCAAUAAUGUAGCUGAAAAAAACAAAGAAGCAAAUAUGAACACGGAUUUAAUAACAUUUGAUGAUAUGACAUUAAUUAGUAGUAUUCACAUGGAUUUAAUGUUUGCUUUUACAAAAACAGAUUGGUUGUGCCCUAAAAAACAUGAAUUAGACAUUAAUUAUGUUGAUUCAUUGUUGGAGAGAUAUGAGAUUUUCAGCAGGAUCAUAGGUGAAUCAAUUAAUGGCUGCAAUUCGGAUAUGGAUGUUAAAUUAUUAGCUAGUUUGAACACAAUAACUAGUGUUAUGUUGGAUAAAUUAAAUAAUAAAGACAGUUCAUAUAAAUCAAUACGUAGUAAUCAGUAUGAUUUUUAUUCUGAUAGCAAUAUUGCUAUGGCCCGAGGAGCACAUCAAAUAUUAUAUGCUAUUCUUGAUGUGGUUAAAAAACAAUUAGAAGAUUGGCCUGAACAUCCAAUUUUAAAUGAUAUUGCUACCAUAACAAAUAGAGUUUUAAAUUUUUCUGUAAACAGUCCAUUGUCUAGGUUCUUAACUGGUAUUGAACUACUCAGAGACAAAGUUGAAGAAUGGAAUAAGAAUGCGCAUAGGGAAAACAAUUUGAAAACUCAUGCUUUAGAACUUGCUCAGCUCAUUAUUGACUGGAGAAAAUUAGAGUUAAAUAGUUGGAGAGAUUGCUUGAAUAUUGCUCAACAUCGACAAGAAGCUAUUGCAUAUAAAUAUUGGUUCUUUAUUUAUGCUUUGAUUGAUCAGUAUUUUUCUGAAUCACAAUUACUAGAAGAAAUAAAUAAAGCUCUCAAGCAAUUUAUAGAACUAUCAAGCAUUUCAGAAUAUAAGAUACGUCUUCAAAUAUUGAAAGCUUUCCAUUGCCAUAUAACAUAUUUUCCUACAAGCAAUAAACGUGAUGAACUUUUAUGUUUGCUUUGGAAUUUACAUCAAUACUACAGCCAGUUUAUUUCUAUUGUUGAAACUCAUUGGGAUAAAAACUUGAGCUAUUGGGCUGUGAAAGAUAGCGUUGACAAAACACAUAGAACAUUGCAUAAGCAUAUUAAAGAAUAUCAAGAAAUUUUAAGAAAACCAGUUACAAAAUGUUUAUUUGACAACUUAAUGUUAUCCAAUGAGAAUAAUGUUGGAGCCUGGGAUCGUCCGCAUAGACAAUCCAACCAGUAUCAGUAUAUGACUGAAACUUUUAACUACAUUGCUAACAUAAAAUUAAAACGUUUCAUUGUAUCUGAAGUUACUGAAAAUAAGAUGACGCAUGUUUUUAACAAAGCAAGAGACAUUAGUAAGGAAUGCAUUUUAUUAUGCAAUUAUCCAUCUAAAUUGCAAACAAUAGAUGUUAUGUUGACUGAAAUUAUUGAUACCAGUGAUCACUAUAGAAAUUUAGAAAUAAAUACAACUUUACCUAAAAACAAACAAAUUUCACAAGCUAAGAGUAUUUUGCAGCAAAAACGGAAGGCUUUGUCCGAUUUAUUCAAAUAUCUUCAACAAAUUGGACUUUCAUAUAGAAGUGGUCUAUUGGAAAUUAAUAUUCAAGGCGAUGACUUGCUAAACUUUAAAAUAAAACCAAUGGAUAUUGAAGUGCUUGUGGGCUGCUUGAGUAGCAGAAAGUGUGAUGGUAUUUUACUCGCUGUUUGGGAUGGUUGUGAUAAAUAUUAUUUCAGAUCAAUUGCUAGAUAUGUAGGUCUGAUGAAUGUAAUGAAAUCCCCAGCUCAAGACUUGGGAAUACAAAAUAUUGAUCGGUGCAAAGGAUUUGCAGCUGAUACAAUACUCUUAGUUCAAUCACAGAAAGAACUGUUAACCACUGCCUCACAUAGUCUAGUCAUAUUAAGGAGUCAAAUUGAUUUUAUUUCAUCUCUUGAGGAAACUGAAUUUACAGUUAAACAAUCAUUUCUAGAAACCCACCUUAUUGCUUUAGAAGAUACAUUAGUGCAUAUUAUCUCAACUAUGAAGCAAUUCAAAAUAACUUUAAAUUCAAUUCCUUCAGAUAAACUUGACCAAAAGAUCUAUCAGAUGUCAAGUUUGGAUGAUGUGAAUAGUAGAUUCUUUUAUAUGGAGACAAAUUUGAAGAAGUAUUCUAGUAUUAAUGCAGAUAGUACAACAUUUUACAGAAGUAUUAACAGAGCAUUUUGCGAUAUCAUUAAAGAGUCUAAUAUCUUGAAUCAAGCUGAUAUGGUUUUGCCUUGGGAUGGAAGAAACGGUAUAAAUUUCUCAUGUACAAAAUUAAAUGUUAGCAGUUCUAACAAGAUUCUUCUACAUCUAUAUUACACUGUGCUUACAAAUAUUGAACACUCAAAACAAAACACAUUAACUAAAAGUGGGAUGACUAAUUUAAAGUCAAAAACCAUUACUGUAUAUGAAUAUUCAAAUGCAGUUUUACACAAUCAGCUCACAGAUACAAUAAAUUUGCCAUUAGUUAAAUUUUAUGUAGUUCUUCUUAAAUACUUUGAUAGUUUUGUCAAUACACUACUUUCUGAUGUCAAUUUUAAUCUGAGCACUCAGAAAAUGAUAGAUUUAUACUGUGCAGUUCAAUGGAGAUUCAGAUUUCAAAGAAUUGGUAGUUCAGUUAUAAUUAAUAAACAAAAUAAAUCUGUGAGUUUUAUAGAAAGUGUAAUAAUAGAACUUACUGUGCAUUAUCAAUGGUUUCUUAAAUGGUGUCUUAAACCAUUUGAAACAAUUAAAUAUGUUAAUAAAAGUGAAAGCUACACACAUUUAGAACAAUUAAGAGUUGUCCUGUCAUUAGUUAAUAGCUCAGUUAAUAAAGAUUGCACUCCAUUACAGAGCUUACGAAAACAAUUUAAUAAAUUGUAUAAAAUGUUGCCAUAUUCAUCAUUUAAUGAAGCUGAUUUAUUAAUUAAAUUAGAUGAACUAAAUAAGAAGCUUAGCCUCUGGUGGCACAUGGAUCAAUCACAUAUCACUACUAUGAAUUCAAGAAUAAAAGCACUAUGUCAAGAAGAUGGUUACAAAAUGCACGAUUUAUUAGUAGAAGCUUAUUUUGAAGUAAAAAAUAAAAAUUAUGAAUUAGUUUCUAAUAUAGUGCAUAAAAUUGAAAAGUUCUGUAUUGAUACCAUAAAAGUUGAAGACCAAUUGUUACCUAAGCAUCAUUUCAAAAAACAGCUGUGGACACUGCAAGAGUUUUAUAUAUUUUAUGCAAUUAAUUAUAUGCUAUCCUAUUUCCUAGAAAAAUCGAAGUCAAUAUUUGAACAGACAAAUCCCAUUAAUGAAAAUUUAGUUAUGAAAUCUUGUUUCAAUUAUAUAAUUGAUAUGCUAUCCACGAAAAAACAAAUUCCUCCAAAAUUUAUACAUCAUUUGAAAAAUGUGAAUGACACUGGUACCUCAUCAAAUUUAAUCAAUGCAAUUAAUUCGAUAAAUGAAUAUGAGAUGAACUUUUUGAUGACUGUUUCUUCUAUUUAUGUUGAAAAUCCAGGAGAAGAUAUGAUAAACAUGGCAAAGCAUUCUCCAUUAUUAAUAGCUAUAGUAAAUGAUAUUAUAUAUCCAAAAAAUAAACAACUUGAUAGCUUAGACACAGUUCUUGAAAGAAAGCAGCAUUUGACUACUAUUAAUAAAUUAUUAUAUAAUAAUAUGGUCUUGGUCAAUUAUGUCAAUGUUUUGGAAGAGAAUGCUCAAUAUAUUAUUAAUAGCUAUAAAUUAUUAAUUUUAGAAUUAGCAACAUGUCUUAAAUUAUCAGCAGUACCAUUUAAAAUUGCUGAAGUAGUCAAUUUGUGCAAUAGAAAAUUGGAUUUAUUAUUUGUGGGCCACAAUGAUGUCAUUUUGAAACAGAAAAAUAAUUUUAAACAGGCAAUAAAUAAAUCUCUGAUUGUAAUGAAAUCUUUGGAAGAGUUAGUCAAGAUUAAACUUAAAAAUUAUGAGUGGAAAAUUGAAAUGAUAUAUCAAGUUGGUUUGCUAAAUAUAUUUAUUGGACUAUUGAAGAUCACUUUAUUCUGCAGUUUAGGUCCAAUGGACUCAAUACAAAAACAUGGACUCAAACUACAAUAUAUUAAAGAAGAAUUAUUAUCUGCAGAAAAUUUUAUACUAUCUGGAAAACUAAAUGAAUAUAUUAAAAACGGAAGUUUGGAUGUUAAACAUGAUUAUCACAAAAAGCUCUAUGAGUUAUGGAAUAAUUUAAAAUUACGGGAACAAAAGCUAUCAGAAUUUCAAGCUGUUCGCCCCGUUCUAAAUUAUUCAUCUCUGAGUAAAGAUUGUGAACAUUUUAUAAAAACUAUAACAUCAUCUGAAUUUGUGUUUGAUCUUCUAAGAAAAAUCGAAAAAUGUAAAAUUUUGCUAUAUGAUGGAUGCUUUGUAAACAAAAAUGAUACUUCAGAGAAAGGUCUAGAUAUAGCAAAGCAAUUAUUGAGUGAAAUCUCAUCUUGGAAAUAUUCUCAAAUUCGUUUUAAAAAUCAUAUCAACACAAAUUUUAUGUCGUAUCCAGAUUUAAUAAAACCAAUAUCAUAUGCAGUAUCACACUUAGUAACAGGUGUUCAGGGCCUAGAGGAAACAUUGAUGAAACUCAUUUUUGAAAUGAAGAGCACUAUAAGAGAUAAAGAUGAAAUAUUAACAAAUAUUAUCAAAUUUCCGUUUGGAAAUAUUGGUUCAAAAUGUUUUGUUAAUGACUUGAUAUCAGGAAAAACUUCUAAACUUCUGAAAAAUUAUAGCAAGAAUACCAUAGGAUAUAAUCGAGAUAAUUACAUAAUAAUGUUAAAUUCAUUGAAGGAAAUAAAAAAUUACUGCAUUGCCUCAAACUCCUUAAGCCCUAAGUUUAUGGAAUAUAUAAAUAUUAUACUUAAAAAUCUCGUAUGCCAAUGGCAAAAACAAGAACAAGAGAAAGAACAGAAGAAAAUUGAUGAAGAUAAUUUGUAUGUCACAAAAGUUAAAUGCCAAGAGGAGGAUGAGGAACAACGAACUUGCAAAGAAAUUCAAGAAUUCUUUCCUAGUUUCUUGAGCUUAGAUUUUUAUGAUUUUAAAUCAGAUAAUCUCAAUAAUGUAGCUGAAAAAAACAAAGAAGCAAAUAUGAACACGGAUUUAAUAACAUUUGAUGAUAUGACAUUAAUUAGUAGUAUUCACAUGGAUUUAAUGUUUGCUUUUACAAAAACAGAUUGGUUGUGCCCUAAAAAACAUGAAUUAGACAUUAAUUAUGUUGAUUCAUUGUUGGAGAGAUAUGAGAUUUUCAGCAGGAUCAUAGGUGAAUCAAUUAAUGGCUGCAAUUCCGAUAUGGAUAUUAAAUUACUAGCUAGUUUGAACACAAUAACUAGUGUUAUGUUGGAUAAAUUAAAUAAUAAAGACAGUUCAUAUAAAUCAAUACAUAGUAAUCAGUAUGAUUUUUAUUCUGAUAGCAAUAUUGCUAGGGCCCGAGGAGCACAUCAAAUAUUAUAUGCUAUUCUUGAUGUGGUUAAAAAACAAUUAGAAGAUUGGCCUGAACAUCCAAUUUUAAAUGAUAUUGCUACCAUAACAAAUAGAGUUUUAAAUUUUUCUGUAAACAGUCCAUUGUCUAGGUUCUUAACUGGUAUUGAACUACUCAGAGACAAAGUUGAAGAAUGGAAUAAGAAUGCGCAUAGGGAAAACAAUUUGAAAUCUCAUGCUUUAGAACUUGCUCAGCUCAUUAUUGACUGGAGAAAAUUAGAGUUAAAUAGUUGGAGAGAUUGCUUGAAUAUUGCUCAACAUCGACAAGAAGCUAUUGCAUAUAAAUAUUGGUUCUUUAUUUAUGCUUUGAUUGACCAGUAUUUUUCUGAAUCACAAUUACUAGAAGAAAUAAAUAAAGCUCUCAAGCAAUUUAUAGAACUAUCAAGCAUUUCAGAAUAUAAGAUACGUCUUCAAAUAUUGAAAGCUUUCCAUUGCCAUAUAACAUAUUUUCCUACAAGCAAUAAACGUGAUGAACUUUUAUGUUUGCUUUGGAAUUUACAUCAAUACUACAGCCAGUUUAUUUCUAUUGUUGAAACUCAGUUAAAAAAAUUUAAAACCCCAAUUGAAAAAAAAAUGCGCGAAUUUGUAAAAAUUACAAGUUGGGAUAAAAACUUGAGCUAUUGGGCUGUGAAAGAUAGUGUUGACAAAACACAUAGAACAUUGCAUAAGCAUAUUAAAGAAUAUCAAGAAAUUUUAAGAAAACCAGUUACAAAAUGUUUAUUUGACAACUUAAUGUUAUCCAAUGAGAAUAAUGUUGGAGCCUGGGAUCGUCCGCAUAGACAAUCCAACCAGUAUCAGUAUAUGACUGAAACUUUUAACUACAUUGCUAACAUAAAAUUAAAACGUUUCAUUGUAUCUGAAGUUACUGAAAAUAAGAUGACGCAUGUUUUUAACAAAGCAAGAGACAUUAGUAAGGAAUGCAUUUUAUUAUGCAAUUAUCCAUCUAAAUUGCAAACAAUAGAUGUUAUGUUGACUGAAAUUAUUGAUACCAGUGAUCACUAUAGAAAUUUAGAAAUAAAUACAACUUUACCUAAAAACAAACAAAUUUCACAAGCUAAGAGUAUUUUGCAGCAAAAACGGAAGGCUUUGUCCGAUUUAUUCAAAUAUCUUCAACAAAUUGGACUUUCAUAUAGAUGUGGUCUAUUGGAAAUUAAUAUUCAAGGCAAUGACUUGCUAAACUUUAAAAUAAAACCAAUGGAUAUUGAAGUGCUUGUGGGCUGCUUGAGUAGCAGAAAGUGUGAUGGUAUUUUACUCGCUGUUUGGGAUGGUUGUGAUAAAUAUUAUUUCAGAUCAAUUGCUAGAUAUGUAGGUCUGAUGAAUGUAAUGAAAUCCCCAGCUCAAGACUUGGGAAUACAAAAUAUUGAUCGGUGCAAAGGAUUUGCAGCUGAUACAAUACUCUUAGUUCAAUCACAGAAAGAACUGUUAACCACUACCUCACAUAGUCUAGUCAUAUUAAGGAGUCAAAUUGAUUUUAUUUCAUCUCUUGAGGAAACUGAAUUUACAGUUAAACAAUCAUUUCUAGAAACCCACCUUACUGCUUUAGAAGAUACAUUAGUGCAUAUUAUCUCAACUAUGAAGCAAUUCAAAAUAACUUUAAAUUCAAUUCCUUCAGAUAAACUUGACCAAAGUAUAACUUCGGAUGUAAUAAGUUUUGACAAUAUUUGUUUCAAUGAUUCUAGUAUUUUAUUGUGUAAAGAAGAUAUUUUGUGGUGUAAUACAAUUGAUAUUGUGAACAAUAUCAUAUCUAAUACCGAAAAAACAUUAAAUUUAUUGAUUAAGCAUAAAUGUACUAUGCCAUUAAUUCUGCAUGAUGUUAAAAAAUUCAAAUCUGUGUGCUUCAAGCGUUCAACCUUAUACCAAGUGAUUGUAAAUGGAUAUAUUCAUGUUCGUAGCAUCUGUAAGGAACUUGAAGCCAUAUUUAGAAAAUUUGAAAAUGAUGUAUAUAUGCAUCCCAUGUGUUUGUGUGUGCAUGAUUUACAUAACUCUAUUUCUGAAGCAUUAUUAUCAUAUGAUAGUGAUUCAAAAUGUAAUGAAGAUAAGGUUACAUUGGCAGAGGAUUUGAAAUUGGUUUUUACUUCUAAUACUGAUAAACUUAUAAAUACUUUACAAAUAUCUCUUCAAAGCAUUUAUAAAAAGUACUUGAAAAGAAAUGAAUCGCACACAUCAAGUGAGACAAAAAAGAAUCAGCAAGAAAAUGUAAGUGAUGCAGUAGCUGAUGAAAAAUGUAUCAAGCUGUCUGAUAUUGAAACGAAUCAUUUAAAGCAAAUGCAUUGUGAUUUGGUUGAAGAUAUUAAUUUAUUGAAUGUAAAAAAAAUAAUUUUGCUAGUAGAAGAUCUUUUACAAAAUGCAGUAACCUUUGUCGAGUCAGGAAUUUUUGAUACAACGUUAAAAUCGCUGUUACUUCAAUGCAACCCUAUGUUGGAACAAUUAGCUUUAUUAGCUCAAUAUUUUUUAACACAGCAAGUAGCUACUCACCGGAUAAGUUGCAAAAUGUUGUCUAUUCUAUUGAAUAUUUUCAGUGAGCUAGGAUUAAAGGGAUUUUGUACUCCUCCUGAAUUCUCCGACGAAAUUGACCAAGAUGAUGGAAAAGAGAACAAAAGUGGCAUGGGACUUGCAGAUGGUGAAGGCGAACGUGACGUUUCCGAAAGAAUCGAGAAUGAAGAUCAAUUAGAGGACGCUCAUAAAGAAGGUAUGGAACAAGAACCAAGAGAAGAUAAGGACUGCGAAGAAGAGGAAAAAGGUAUAGAAAUGUCGGAUGACUUUGAUGGUAAACUUCAAGAUCUUAAACAAAAUCCUGACGAUGAGUCUAAUGGAAGUGAUGAGGAUGAAGGCGAUGAUGCUGAUAAACAAAUGGGUGAUACAGAAGAUGGAGCAGAACAAUUGGAUCAACAAAUAUGGGGUGAAGAUGAAGAUGAUAAUUCUAAAGAAGAAAGUAAGGAGCAGGGAGAAGGUGGAGAAGGUCAGGAUACUGGAGAACAGGAAAUGGGCGUUCAAGAGAACGAAGAUCACACUAACACUAGCAAUCGCGAUCCCAAAGCUAAUAACGAUGGUGAAGAAGAAGCCGAUUCUAAGCAGCAGAAGAAAGAAAUUGAUGACAUGCAAGAACCUGAUGUGAACGAUGAUCAAAUUAAUCCUUAUCAUGGUGAUUUGAAACCGCCACCAGAAACAGAAGCUUUGGAUCUUCCUGAAGAUAUGCAGUUGGAUGAGGGUGAUGUCAAGGAAGAAAAUGCAGAAGAAAGUAAUCCCUUUGAUGUAGACACAAUGAAAGAAGAUAUUAAGCCUCCAGAUGAAGAGAUGAAUGAUGAAAAAUCUACUGAAAAGCAAGAGGAGGAUACAAAUCAGAAAACAGAGCAGGAUUCGAGUGAUGAUGAAGGCGAUUGUGAAUUAGAUAAAAACACAGAAGAAAAAGAUGAAGAGGAUCAAAUGAAGGAUGAUGAUGAUACUACCACAAAAGGCUCAGAAAUGAAAUAUGAUGCAGAAGAUACUCCAGAGCCCAUGGAAGAUAACAAAAAUGAUGAGCAGAAUUCUGAGGAUCAAAAAACUGAUACUGCUGCUUCCAAUUAUCAACCAUCUGAGAAAAUAGAAGUGGAACCUAUGGAAACUGAUGAGCAGUGCUCAAUUGAUCAGGCUGCAUCAUCAAUGAAACCACAAGAAUUGCCCAAUGAUAAUCAAAAACCGUUUGAUAAUCCUGACCAAGGCAAAGAUUCUGGUGGACAAUCACAAGAAGAAAAUGUGGACAGCGGUUCAAAACAAAAUAAUGAAACUAAUAUAACACGUACUAGUAAGAACACAGAACAACAAGAAGUAGCUCAGAAAAAUCUGAAAAAUCAAGCGUCUCAGGCCAAUGAGGAGCGUAGUUUAGGUGAUAAUAAAGAUAGUUUUGAAAAACAUCUUAAAACAGUAGAUAUAAAUGAUAAAGAAAAUGAAAAUGAUAGUAUCAAUGAUGAAUCGAUGCAGAAAGCUGACAUGUACAAGCACAUUAAAGAUGCUAUGGAAUCUGAUAAGCAGCAGGUGAUGGAUACUGCAACAUCACAGCAAGCUCAGUCAAAUCUAGUGGAUCUAGAAGAAAAUGAUAAAAAUGAAGAAAUAACUGAGGAUGAUGAUGUGCUAAUGGAUGUAGAUUCAGAAAUAGCACAGGAUCUAACACAAGAAGAAUUGCAGGCUCAGAAAUUAGAUUCUAAUGAUAAAAUAAAAAAAGAACAGAACCAAAGAAAGAAAGUUGAUAAUAUGAAUCAAGAAAUUGAUACUGAGCAAAUAGAAAUAGAAGGUGAAAAGAUUCUGACCUACAAUGUGGAAAGAGUUGCUGAAAAUACAUUUUGCACAAGCAUGGAUAUUAAAGAAGAUUAUCACUCAGAAACCAACUUAGAUAUUUCUCAAAUAGAAGAGAUAGAACGAAGAUUACAAGAAAAUCUUUUGGCGUCUUACGAACACCAGCCCAUGGGUUCUACUGAAUGGGAAAAAUUAUGGUGGCGCACUGGUAGUCAAGCGCGUGAAUUGUGUGAACAAUUGAGACUGAUAUUGGAACCAACACUAAGUGCCAGGCUGAAAGGGGAUUACAGGACUGGACGUAGAAUAAAUAUGCGAAAGAUUGUGCCAUAUGUAGCUAGUGAAUUCAGAAAAGACAAGAUUUGGUUAAGAAGAACCAUGCCUAGUAAAAGAGAAUACAGGAUUAUCAUUGCUAUUGAUGAUUCAAGCUCAAUGAGUGGCAACCAGUCAACCGAAAUGGCAUGUGAAAGUGUAGCUCUUGUUUCACAAGCUCUCACUCUACUUGAAGCGGGUGAUUUAUCUGUUUUGAGUUUUGGUGAAGUUCCUAAAAUUAUUCACCCUUUCCGAGAACAAUUAACAUCUCAAACUGGAUCAAGAAUAAUUAACCAACUAACCUUCCAGCAAAAGAAAUCUCACUUUGCGAAAAUGCUAGACUUUGCAGGAAUCAUGUUCGAAGAGAAUUCCGGCCAAGCAGCUGACUUACUAAUUAUUGUUAGUGAUGGAUGUAUAAGUAGUGAAAACCAGGAAACAGUGCGUCAGGCCGUGCGUCGUUUGCGGCAAGCGAAAAUAUUUAUUAUAUUCCUCAUUGUGGAUAAUGUGAAAAACAAUUGUUCUUUAGUUGAUACUCGUAUUCCUUUGUUCAAUGAAAAGCAACAACUUAUAGGAAUGCAAUGGGCUAUGGAUGUGUUUCCAUUUCCAUUUUAUCUAUUUCUGCGAGACCUCUCUUCCUUACCAUCUGUACUCAGUGAUGCCUUGAGACAGUGGUUUGAUUUGACUACAAAAAGUGUCAUGUAAAAUUUAAGAUAAUAGGAUGUAAGUUGUUAGCGUAAUAUUUUUAAAAUUAUUUAUGUAUCAUAUCAUGAAGUGUAUUACAUAUCAAAUAUAUAAAUUUAUUGCAUGUAUCUAUCACCCAAAC